UGUACCAGAAUCGGUUCCUGGGCCUGGCGGCCAUGGCUUCCCCCACCCGCAGCAGCCAGAACCGCCAACGCUGUAAAGACGCCACCCGUCACAGCUAUGGCCCAGAGAGCUUUGCUGUCAAUGGCCUGAACCAGGAAACCUUCAUGUUGGGGCUGUCACGGUCCACAAGCGACACCGAUCUGGUCUCCCCUGAUGCUCGCUCCACCCUCACCAUUAGCUCCUCCCACUACACCAUCGGCCAGUCUGAAGACCUGGUGAUCACAUGGGACAUCAAGGAGGAAGUGGAUGCUGGAGACUGGAUCGGCAUGUAUCAAGUUGAUGAGGCUUUGUCUGAGAACUUUCUGGACUAUAAGAAUCGAGGCAUCAAUGGAUCUCACAAGGGACAGAUCGUUUGGAAAAUUGACUCCAGCUCCAACUUCAGUGACUCUGAGACCCAGGUCUGCUUCAGGUACUACCACGGCAUCAGCGGGGCACUGAGGGCGACCACACCCAGUGUAACCAUCAAGAAGGGCUCUCCACCCGUGUUGAAGCCUGUGGUUAGUCCUGAAGUCAACCAUGGACUGGGCAACAGGAGACUCAUUAACUUUUCCCUGUCAGACCUCCAGGCAGUCAGCUUGAAGAAGGGGAUGUUCUUCAAUCCGGACCCCUACCUGAAGCUCUCCAUCCAGCCGGGAAAGCACAGCAUCUUCCCCUCGCUGCCACACCACGGCCAGGAGAAACGCUCCGGGGUGGUCUGCAACACAGUCAACCCUCAGUGGAGCACAGAGAGGUUUAACUUUGUGUCUCUGCCCACUGACGUCCUGGAGAUCGAGGUGAAAGACAAGUUUGCCAAGAGUCGGCCAAUCAUCAAACGCUUCCUGGGGAAGCUCUCUGUCCCCGUCCAGAGACUGCUGGAGAAACACGCCAUUGGGGAUCGGGUAGUGAGUUAUACGCUGGGUCGCAGGUUGCCGACAGAUCAUGUCUGUGGACAGCUGCAGUUCCGCUUUGAGCUGACCUCUUCUAUUCACCCAGACGAUGAGGAGGUCUCCCUGGUCAUUGAGGCAGCCUGUCCCGAGGUGGAAAAUGCAGCAAAUGAAAACCAUGUUGUUGAUGCACAUGAUGAUGACACGCUAAGUGUGGGACCUGACAUGCCUGACCUUCCCCUGGAUGCCCCUCCUGAAACUGAAACCUCGGCGGCACCAGCAUCGAUAGAAGAAGUCUCCGCCUCUCCUGAGGAGGUAGUACCUGCUGAUGAGGAGGAGGCUGAGGUGACACCAGAGGUGGAGCAAGGAGCUGUGGAGGAGGAGAGCACAGUAAGGGAGGAUCCCCCGUCGCCGGAAGAGCCCCAGUUGGAGCAUGAGGAAGGACUCUUGGCUGAACAGCAGGAGGAGAGCAGUGGAGCGGCGGGAGAGGACGGAAGGGAAGAGAGCCUGCAGGUGGAAAAUGAGGAGGUGCAGGAAGCAGCGUCUUUACCACCUGCUGAGGAAGACGUCACUGUAGGAGACGAUGAGGUUGGUAAGGAAACACAGCCAAAGCCAGAUUCAGACAAUCCUGAAGCAUCAACAACAAACAGUGAUGCUGCUAUUGCCGAGGCCCAGACAGAGGCAGCCCAGGAGGCCCCUGUGGAACCGGCUAAAGAGGCCCCUCAGGAGGUGACAGGGGGAGGAGAGAGUAGCUGCGUCCCCUGCACCUGCCAAUCUAUUUUCUCAACCUGCAACAACCAUGCCCCAUCCCGCCGCAAAAACCGCCCCUGCUCCCUUCCCGUGUCUGAACUGGAGACGGUGAUUGCAUCAGCCUGCGGUGAACCAGAGACCCCCAGAUCCCAUUACAUCCGCAUUCACCACCUCCUCCACAGUCUGCCCUCUGCUCAACUCAGAGCUCCCAGCCAGGAAGAGGAGGAGACUGGGGAGGGAGAAAACACAAACAACACUGACAAUACCACAUCACCCACCCUUAAAACCUCCAAAGACGAGGAGGGACUGGAGGAUGAGGAUGAUGAUGAUACAACCCUGUCUCCUUCUCAGGUCCCAGAGUGUCCCGGCCCCUGCUGCCGUCGCUCCCUACCUCGCAGCCUCUCCAUCGAACGCCUCUCUGAGCUGAACCAACUCCUAGAAGGUGAGGGAGUGGGACUACAUACAGCAAUCAGGAGGAUCUCGCCCUCCUGUCUGGAGAGUGAGGAGGGAGAUUCCAGCAACGGGGGAGGAAGAAGAGUUGGGGGUAGCACCCACAGACCUCCGGGUGAGAACGAGUGUGAGUUCUGUGACACCUCCUGCUACAGCACCUCCUGCUACAGCACUUCCUGUUACAGCACGUCAUGUUACAGCAACUCAGGCUACGAGGGGAGGAGCCGCUACUGCAGCCACACCCGCCUCUCCUCAGUGGACAGCAACAGACUCUCCGGCAGCACGGUGUUCUCAUCCCAGGACGAGGAUGAGGACGAAGAGAGCGCCUUCGAGUCUGUACCUGACAGCAACCCCGCGCCAGAGGGCCAGGAGUCAGGUGGAGCGGGAGGAGAAAGGAGGACGGGGAGGUGGAAGGAGUCCAGGAGAGGAGAGCAGGGAGAGCCAGUGGUGGCAGGGCCCAGCGACAGGAACAAUUCCGACCUCUCCCCUCCUGUCGGCCAUCUUCCAGUCCUGCGACCCAGCCAUGACCUAAACCAUUUUCCUGCAGCCACUGACCCAGCCUUACCUCCAAACUGGGAAGCUCGAAUCGACAGCCAUGGCAGAGUUUUUUAUGUGGACCACGUCAACCGGACCACAACCUGGCAGAGACCGAGCCAGGGCGGCAAGUGUAACCACAGCAUCCCCCGCUCGGGAUCCACGCAGCAGAUGGAGCAGCUCAACAGGAGGUACCAGAACAUCCAGAGGACAAUGGCCACAGAGGAAGAUGGCGGGGGUCCGAGGUUAGAGCGGAGCAGCAGCACAGAGACGGAAACAGAUUCUCCUCAGACAGGCCCCGCCUCUCCUGUCAAUCAUCAAAAAAUCAGCAAUCUCCUUCAAUCACCUGCCGUCAAGUUCAUCACACACCCAGAGUUCUUCACUGUGUUGCACAGUAACUAUGCAGCUUACCGGAUGUUCACCAGCAGCAGUUGUGUGAAACACAUGAUCCUGAAGGUGCGGCGUGAUGCCAGGAACUUUGAACGUUAUCAACAUAACAGAGACCUGGUGGUUUUCCUCAACAAGUUUUCCGACACUCAGCUGGAGCUGCCCCGCGGCUGGGAGAUCAAGACUGACCCCCAGGGCAAGUCUUUCUUUGUAGACCACAACAGUCGAGCCACAACCUUCAUCGACCCACGCAUCCCUCUGCAGAACGGCCGGCUGCCCGGACACCUCGCUCACAGACAACAUCUGCAGAGAUUACGCAGCUACAGCGCAGGAGAGGCCUCCGAUGUGUCCAGGAGUCGGGGGGCUUCUCUGAUGGCCAGGCCUGGAAACAGCCUGGUAGCAGCCAUACGAAGCCAGCAUCACACCGAUCCCCAACAACUGAGCGCUCCAUCUUACAAUGACAAGAUAGUGGCAUUCCUUCGACAGCCGAACAUAUUCGACAUGUUGCAGGAACGACAGCCCAGCCUUAGCAGAAACCAUGCACUGAGGGAGAAGAUCCACUACAUCCGGACAGAAGGUACUCAGGGGGUGGAGAAGCUGUCGUGUGAUGCAGACCUUGUCAUCCUGUUAAGCUUAUAUGAAGAGGAAAUCAUGUCCUAUGUUCCACCCCACCCGAUCCACCCGGGCUUCAGCUUCUCUCCCCGCUGUUCCCCCGUCUCCUCACCACAGAACUCUCCUGGCUUGCAGAGGGCCAGGGCUCCCGCACCUUACCGAAGAGACUUUGAAGCCAAACUAAGAAACUUCUACAGGAAAUUAGAAGCAAAGGGUUACGGACAGGGACCAGGCAAGAUCAAGCUGCUGAUCAGAAGAGAACACUUGCUGGAGGGAACCUUUAACCAGGUGAUGGCGUACUCUCGCAAAGAGCUGCAGAGAAACAAACUCUAUGUCACCUUCCUGGGAGAGGAGGGAUUGGACUACAGUGGUCCGUCCAGAGAGUUCUUCUUCCUCUUGUCUCAGGAGUUGUUUAAUCCGUACUACGGGCUCUUUGAAUACUCUGCAAACGAUACGUACACUGUUCAAAUCAGCCCUAUGUCUGCGUUUGUUGAGAACCAUCUGGAAUGGUUCCGUUUCAGCGGUCGUAUCCUGGGCCUGGCACUGAUCCAUCAGUACCUGCUGGAUGCUUUCUUCACCAGACCCUUCUACAAGGCCCUAUUGAGGCUGGCGACAGACCUGUCUGAUCUGGAGUACCUGGAUGAGGAGUUCCACCAGUCUCUGCAGUGGAUGAAGGACAACGACAUCACUGACAUCCUGGACCUCACCUUCACUGUCAACGAGGAGGUCUUUGGCCAGGUGACGGAGCGGGAGCUAAAGUCCGGGGGCUCCCACCUUCAGGUUACAGAAAAGAACAAAAAGGAUUAUAUUGAGCGAAUGGCCAAGUGGAGGGUGGAGAGAGGAGUGGUGCAGCAGACAGAGGCGCUAGUCAGAGGCUUCUAUGAGGUGGUAGACUCCCGGCUGGUGUCAGUGUUUGAUGCCCGGGAGCUGGAGCUGGUUAUCGCUGGUACAGUAGAGAUCGACCUCGGUGACUGGAGGACCAACACAGAGUAUAGAGGGGGUUACCAUGAUGGUCACAUAGUGAUGCGCUGGUUCUGGGCUGCUGUGGAGCGCUUCAACAACGAGCAGCGACUCCGCCUGCUGCAGUUUGUCACAGGGACAUCCAGCGUGCCCUACGAAGGCUUCGCUGCACUGCGUGGAUCCAACGGACUCCGGCGCUUCUGCAUUGAGAAGUGGGGCAAAGUCACAUCUCUUCCCAGGGCUCACACCUGUUUUAACCGCCUGGACUUGCCUCCAUACCCUUCAUACACCAUGCUGUAUGAGAAACUGCUGAUUGCAGUGGAGGAAACCAGCACGUUUGGCCUGGAAUGAGAAAGACGGGACAAUUAAAUCAACACUGCAUCUCUCUAAAGAUACCUGGAUUGUACUCAACUUAGAUUUUUGUCCUGUAGAUACACGUACGUCACUGUCCUGGUACUGUGUGUCUCUCACCUUUCUAUGAGGUUCUUGAUGACUGGGCCACUGCGGAACAACAGAUAUGUUUUUAGUUAUCUCAAAGACAGAGGGAUCUGGAACACUGCAACAGCAUUUUAAAAUAAUAUUUAAUUAUAUGUUUGUCUAAAUAAGGCAAUGUUAAAUGCAAUCAAGUUCAUUUAAAAUUGCAUAAUUGCAUGUAGCAGAAAGCAUCAUGUCUAAUCCAAAAAUUUAAAUACCUUAAAAUGACAAACAAUAAUAAUACAUCAUAAUAAUGUUACAUAAUAGCACUGAAUACAAGAACAUUACAUAGCAUCUAAGAAAUUUUUAUCAAAUCUUAAUAUUAGAUAAAUUGUCAGAAUUAUCCUUUCAAUUAAUCCUUACACCUGGGAUGAGAAUUUGAAAUCACAAUCUAGAUUUAAAUUCAAAGUAUUGAAUAACAAAAAUUAAGAAUUAUAUUUAAAAAAGAAAUUA